CAUAAAAGUUGGUGACAGGACUUGACUGGGAUCUGUAUAUACUCCGUACACCCGAGCAUACAGGCCGGGUUGUUCAUUCAUUUCAAAUGGAGAAUCGUGACAUACCCGAUUUAAGUACACCUCUACCAAGGUCCAACAACAAUGAGGAGGUGUAUGAUGUUAACCUUGAAGAAACUUCUGUACCCGACGAGUUUAUGAAACCCCUCUAUAUGUCAACAACCGAACCUGUCAACGAUAAUGAAUAUGAAGAUGAUGUUUUUAAUGCAAGCUUGGGUCGAUUUAUGAUUGCCGUUAAGUCCCCGGACUAUCAAUAUACAUCAACGCCCGAACCCGUCGAUGACGAACGGGUCCCCAGUGAUGAAUACGAUGACGAUGAGAUGUUUGAUGAAAGCUUGGGUAGAAUCAUGGUAUCCAUCAAGUCUCCGCACUAUCAAAUCCGUGAUGUGGCCAACAGAUCUAAUAAUGAUGAUCCUAACCCGGAUACAGUGAUUCCCCCGGCUCUACGAGACGACGAAAGGAUAUAUGAAGAAUUCCUUCAUGCACUGGAUACUCUGGAACUCCCUGACGAACAAGCAUUAAAUCCUGAUGUUCACGAGGAAGAGGACCCUUUCGAAGAUAUUUUUCACGGAAUACCAACCCAAGAAAUUGUCGAUGAUCGAGCCCCUACAGGUGAAGUGUUAGCCCAGGAACGUAUCGGAAACCGGGAAGCAUCAUCGGGACAGGACAUGAAUAAGCAGCAAGUGGGAAGUGGAACAGGACCUACAGUGAAACUACAAAGACGCCAAGGUAAUAGAGUGAUACAUAUUUUAGAUUAUUCCGCGCCUGUAGGGUCGCACGUUGACGUGAUGACAGUGAUACAACAAAGUGAGGAUAGGAUCACGCGGGACGUGAAUAAUAUGUUUAAUGAAUUAGGUACAUACUCUGGCAACGUUUACCUAUCCCUCACAAUAAGUCUCGAAAAACUAACAGUCAACGGUUCUGAAACCAAUCGUUUUUACAUAAAUACUCCGGUGGUCCUCAUAGAAAGAGAGAGGAUUCAUGAGUUAUUCGACACGGUCCUUAAUUACCUCCCCAACGUUUUAGAAGAACGUCUCGGUGCUUGUGAAGGAUCAGGAUGGCGUAUCAAUGCCUUAGAUAAAUUAGCGAUAAUUUACACACAGCGCGGGUUAGCUAAUAUCCGUAAUUAUACAGAUUAUCCUAAAGGAUUACGCGGUAAUCAUCAGAUCGUGAAUAUACGUUCAGGGUAUAACUGUCUUAUAACAUGCCUCCUAGCUUAUAAAAUUCUCACAAAGAAACCCGAUAUACGGAAGGAUAACCUCACCCGAGCAGUGUUAACCGCUAUUGCGAAUGGGAAGAUUAACGUAAAGUAUGAUCCCGAGACAGAAAUAGAUAUGAGGACCGUGAGAAAUAUAGAGAAGAUGAAUGAACUCAACAUUUUCAUCUAUAAAUUAAGUGAGGUCCGCGCGGAGUCAGGUAGCGGAGAUAAGUGGGCAAUUCACCUCGCUAGAAGGGGAGGGAACCCAACUAGUUCACACCUAGUCACUCUACUUCUCAUUAAUAAUGAUCACGUCGUCCUAGUGAGAGAUAUGAUCUCAUUUGUGAAUUCAUUCUGUCAUAAAUUAAGAACUUCAAAAAAACCGGUGCUAGGUUUAUGUUAUAAUUGUUUGACAUUAUUCACUAGCCCUCAAAUUAAGCAGGCUCACACUGCUACCUGCAGUGCCAAAACUACGGUGAAAUACCCCGACCCGGGUAAAUCUAAAUAUUUUAGAAAUCUUAGUGCACUGCAUAAGACAUCUCAUGUAGCGUUCCUCGAUCUUGAAGCGUAUAAUGUCUACCCUGACGCGGACGAGGAUCCAAGAAUUACCGCUAAGCAGAAGGCAUAUGCCUAUUGCUACACCAUUGUGGAUGGUAGAAGUGGGGAUUAUUGUAUGCACAGGAUAGGUCAUGGAGAUGACUGCAUUAACACGAUGUUGCGGCAAUUAAAGAAGGACUGGGCUGAGAUACGUAAUAAUAUUCCUAUGUACGAGAUCAAGAUGACUGCGCGCUCUUGGCAGAAAUAUCAAGAAACCUCCCACUGUCAAGUGUGUAACGUAAAAUUUGGAGGGCAAGUUAUAAAAGUCAGACAUCAUGCGCAUCAUCUCCGUGAAGAUAAUUACGUGGCUGCUUUGUGUAAGGAUUGCAACCUCAAAAUAGCCAAUAAACCCAAGACUUUAACCGUUCUCGUUCAUAACCUCUCAUAUGACAUAUGUCUCAUCCUCAAAGAGUCCUGCCCGAAAAUACACUUCGAUAUACUAAAGAGGGAUGGAGGAAAAUAUUACUCAGCACGGACGGGGGUGCAUUACAAAUUCACCGAUAGCGAAAUAUGA